UCUCUCUCUCUCUCUCUCUCUUUCUCUAUCUAUUUAGUUCUUCUGCGCCCAUGUCAGCUGUAGUCUGGGGGAAUCUGAGCCUGCUGCUCACCUGAGAGCCUGUGGGGAGGCAAACGCAGCAGAGCUGCAGAGGGAGGGAGAAGAGGGUUGCAGUCCGAAAUUGCCCCCCCCCCCCACCCAAUUCGUCGUUACCCUUCCUUUCGAGGGAUCUGAGCUGCUUCCAAAGCCUUUUCAGUUGCAAACUCUGAUGAUGAAAGCGGCUGCGCAGCGGAAAAGCUUCUCGUGGUAGUGGGAAAGGUGUGAAAUUUCCUACAUAAAAAGCUGUUGCUGUGGGUGGGAGCUGUUCAAUUCCGCUAAAAUUCUUGCCUCCGCACAGCCGUGGGAGGUAAAGAUGAUAACUUUCGUGGACUCGGCGGCCAUGGAGCAGGAGAGGGAGAGUGGCAAGUGCCUGGACCCGCAGCUGUGGCACGCCUGCGCCGGCGGCAUGGUUCAGAUGCCGCCGGUGCACUCCAAGGUGUACUACUUCCCGCAGGGCCACGCCGAGCAUGCGCACGGCCCCGUCGAGCUCCCCGCCGGGCGGGUCCCGGCCCUCGUCCUCUGCCGCGUCGCCGGCGUCCGGUUCAUGGCCGAUCCGGACACCGACGAGGUCUUCGCCAAGAUCCGCCUUGCCCCUAUCCGGCCCAACGAGCCGGGCUACACCGCCGACGCCGACGACGUCAUUGGCGCCGCGGCGGGAGCGCAGGAGGAAAAGCUCGCGUCCUUCGCCAAGACGCUGACGCAGUCCGACGCCAACAACGGCGGGGGAUUCUCCGUGCCACGUUACUGCGCCGAGACCAUCUUCCCGCGGUUGGACUACUCGGCCGAUCCCCCCGUCCAGACCGUGCUCGCCAAGGACGUGCACGGCGUGGUCUGGAAGUUCCGGCACAUCUACCGCGGCACGCCCCGCCGCCACCUCCUCACCACGGGGUGGAGCACCUUCGUGAACCAGAAGAAGCUCGUCGCUGGGGACUCCAUCGUGUUCAUGAGGACGGAGAACGGGGACCUCUGCGUGGGCAUCCGACGCGCCAAGAAAGGUGGCAUCGGAGGACUGGAGUUUCUGCAUCAGCCGCCUCCGCCGGGCGGCAAUUACGGGGGGUUCUCCAUGUUCUUGAGAGGAGAAGAGGACGGCAAUAAGAUAAUGGUGACAAGAGGGAAGGUGAGAGUGAGGGUGCGACCGGAGGAGGUCGUCGAGGCCGCCAAUCUUGCGGUGAGUGGACAACCGUUUGAGGUGGUUUACUACCCGAGGGCGAGCACGCCGGAGUUCUGCGUGAAGGCGGGGGCGGUCCGGGCGGCGAUGCGCACCCAGUGGUGCCCCGGUAUGAGGUUCAAGAUGGCAUUUGAGACGGAGGACUCGUCCAGGAUCAGCUGGUUCAUGGGGACUGUCUCGGCCGUGCAGGUGGCUGACCCCAUCAGAUGGCCCAACUCACCUUGGAGGCUUCUUCAGGUUUGUUGGGAUGAGCCAGACUUGUUACAGAACGUGAAGAGAGUGAGCCCAUGGUUGGUUGAGCUUGUAUCAAACAUGCCGGCCAUACACCUUGCUCCGUUCUCGCCUCCCCGGAAGAAGCUGUGCGUUCCAUUGUACCCCGAGCUUCCGCUCGACGGCCAGUUUCCGACACCGAUGUUCCAUGGAAGCCCGCUCGGGCGUGGGGUUGGUCCUAUGUGCUAUUUCCCGGAUGGCACUCCUGCAGGCAUACAGGGAGCCAGGCAUGCUCAAUUUGGUAUAUCUUUAUCAGAUCUCCACCUUAACAAACUGCAGUCGAGUCUGUCACCCCACAGGCUUCACCAGCUCGAUCACGGCAUGCAGCCGAGGAUCGCUGCUGGCCUUAUCAUCGGUCAUCCGGCAGCUCGAGAUGAUGCCUCGUGCUUGCUGACCAUUGGCACCCCACAGAACAAGAAAUCAGAUGUCAAGAAGGCGGCGCCGCAAUUGAUGCUUUUUGGAAAACCAAUACUCACUGAGCAGCAGAUAUCUUUAGGUGACGCCGCGGGCUUCCCUCUGGCAGCUGCUAAGAAGAGCCCUUCUGAUAGCAAUGCCAAAAGGACGGCGAGUAACUCGGAUAUUUCAAGCCCUGGAAGCAAUCAAGAUGGCACUACAGAAAACUUGUCCUGUGGAGGAGCCCCAUUGUGCCAAGAUAACAAGGUACUUGAUCUCGGGCUAGAAACCGGACACUGCAAGGUAUUCAUGCAGUCAGAGGAUGUUGGGCGCACACUUGAUCUCUCUGUUGUUGGGUCAUAUGAGGAGCUAUAUCAGAGGCUUGCUGACAUGUUUGGCAUCGAGAAAGCUGAGUUGACGAGUCAUGUUUUCUACCGUGACGCAUCUGGGGCACUGAAACACACUGGAGAUAAACCUUUCAGUGAGUUCACAAAAACUGCUCGUAGGCUGACCAUACUAACGGACACCAGCGGUGAUAGCUUAGCGAGGUAGGAAGGAGAAAAGCUCCUGUCACUUGUACAGCUUGAGGAGCGUGGUGGCUAUUUUGAAAGCAAAUUGCCACUUCCAAGUGUUGGUGCAAUUUCAAAGAGAAGCAGUUCAGUUCGGUUUUCAACGGGACCGAGUGUAAUCCAGGACCCAUAAUUUAUCGGCAGAUUUAUCAGACCCUAUUGUCGCUUGAACUGAUCAUAGCAUUUGCGUUUGAUCGCUGUUAUGUACUCUGCCAUGAACCAUUGCUCUGCAAAUGUAAUUCCUGGAAUUUUUCGGGAAGGUGUUGAAUUGUCUGAAAUGAUGAAAUGUGUGCACUUCGUCUGUA